AGGAGAACUCUGCCCUUGUUCUGGUGUACACAGCCUGUAUUAUCGGAGAAUGGGGUUAUAGGACAAUGCUGCCUCACAUUAUGGGUGCUUAAUAUGUGUUAUGGGGGCACUCUGCCUCUGUUAUACAGAUUAUCUUCCUUAUGGUGAAUUUUGUUCUAAGACAAUUCUGACUUUCAUUGGGGGCACUUGGGGGCACUCUGCCUAUAUUGUGUUCUGGACGAACUCGCUGUCUAAUAUGAGGGAACUCUUCUCCUAGGGCCUGAUGGGGGGUACUCUGUCUGUCAUGAGGCGUGGCCUGCCAUUAGGGCGGCCACUACACCCACAUCACAUCUGGUCACCCCCGGCACCUACAGAGUGGUGUAUUCUGCUCGCCCAGUGUCACCCCCGUUCUCAGGACUGCAGUGGGAUCUUCCUCUCCUCGGUCUUGGACAUGUAACGAUCAUUUCCUCUUUACAGUGCAGUUUACUACAUUUGGCUUUCCUUAUAAGGAUACUUGUACCGUAGUGAUUAACAAAGAGGGGCAGCAGAGAGCGCUCGUCUAUCACUGAGAAGGAGAGAGUGCGCGCUAUGUAGUAGAGUUACGGCGGCUUGUAGCAGUGGAGAUAGCAAUGUCUGCUCCUUAGAGCCCGGUGCGGGGGUAUACCAUGAAUCUCCGGGGUCUCUUCCAGGACUUCAACCCCAGUAAAUUCCUCAUCUAUGCCUGUCUCUUGCUGUUCUCUGUCCUCCUGUCCCUGCGAUUGGACGGUAUUAUACAAUGGAGCUACUGGGCAGUAUUUACACCAAUUUGGCUCUGGAAGCUGAUGGUCAUCGUUGGGGCGUCAGUGGGAACAGGGGUCUGGGCACGAAACCCUCAGUACAGGGCAGAAGGUGAAACCUGUGUGGAGUUUAAAGCAAUGCUUAUUGCCGUGGGAAUCCACUUGUUACUCCUGAUGUUUGAAGUUCUCGUCUGUGACCGAAUUGAGAGAGGAAACCACUACUUCUGGCUCUUGGUCUUUAUGCCCCUCUUCUUUGUGUCUCCGGUGUCGGUCGCUGCUUGUGUCUGGGGCUUCCGUCACGACCGCUCGCUUGAGCUGGAAAUCUUGUGCUCGGUUAAUAUAUUGCAGUUCAUAUUCAUUGCACUGAGGCUGGACAGCAUUAUCACUUGGCCAUGGCUUGUGGUUUGUGUGCCCCUCUGGAUCCUGAUGUCCUUCCUCUGUUUGGUAGUUCUGUACUACAUUGUGUGGUCUGUUCUGUUCUUACGAUCGAUGGAUGUCAUUGCUGAGCAAAGAAGGACGCACAUCACCAUGGCAGUCAGCUGGAUGGCUAUAGUUGUGCCACUGCUCACUUUUGAGAUUCUGCUUGUUCAUCGACUGGACGAACAUAACUUAUUUUCCUAUAUUCCUAUCUUUGUCCCCCUGUGGCUUUCAUUGAUUACUCUGAUGGCAACAACAUUUGGACAGAAAGGAGGGAAUCACUGGUGGUUUGGUAUUCGCAAAGACUUCUGCCAGUUCCUUCUAGAGAUUUUCCCUUUCCUGCGGGAAUAUGGUAACAUCUCCUAUGACAUUCACCAUGAAGACAGUGAAGAUGCUGAUGAGACCCCUGUGCCAGAGCCACCUAAGAUAGCACCAAUGUUCCGCAAAAAGACCGGUGUUGUUAUCACUCAGAGCCCGGGGAAGUAUGUGAUUCCGCCACCCAAACUGAACAUCGACAUGCCAGACUGACACGGUUUUCACAUACUGCAUCAACGCACGUCCUGUUUUCCUGAUGGAUUGCGCUCCUCAAUACAUUACUAGACUGUAAAUGCUACUGACCUCACCUUUUUCUUUUUAAUGUAGUUACUUUAUAAUGCAGCUUAAAUGGACUUCAUCAGCAGUUGAGGGCAUCCUUACCUGCUAAUAGGGUUUUUACACUGAGGAUUAUGGCUCCUUUCAUUAGGCCCUCUGGUGUGCCACUUUGUUUGACCCAUUAUACAGUGGUCCCUCAACAUAUGAUGGUAAUUCGUUCCAAACGGACCAUCGUUUGUUGAAACCAUCGCAUGUUGAGGGAUCCGUGCAAUGUAAAGUAUAGGACAGUGGUCUACAACCUGCGGACCUCCAGAUGUUGUAGACCACUGUUAGAGGAAGUUGUACUCACCUGUCCCCGCCGCUUCGGACCGUCACCGCUGCCCUGGAUGUCGCCUUCCAUCGCUGUCGCCGCAUCCCCAAGGUGUCCCCGACGCUCCGGCAAGGCCUCUGCUUCCCCGGCAACCGCGCUCUAACGUCGCCACCAUCACGUCGCUACGCACGCCGCUCCUAUUGGAUGACGGGAUGGCGUGCGCAGCGACGUGAUGACGUAGAUGGAGAGCGCUGACGAUGCAGGGGAUCCCGAAGAGGACGCGCCGGAGCCCCGAGGACAGGUAAGUGAUCAUCAGCGGACCACACGGGGCACCAUAAACGGCUAUCCGGCGGCAGCUGAAGCAGUCAGCGCUGCCGGAUAGCCGUUUAUGCGAUGGCCCCGACAUAAAAAAGCAUUGUAUGUUGAUGCUGCCUUCAACAUGCGAUGGCCUCUGAGAGGCCAUCGCAUGUUGAAAUUAUCGUAUGUCGGGGCCAUCGUAGGUCGGGGGGUCACUGUAUUGGCAUGCAAAUGAAGCAGUUUAGUGCAUCGACACACCCGCCUGCUCCACUUAAAACCAUGCCUCAUAAAUACUGGGCCACCCCUCUGCAGUGACGUAUUUCUGAGUGGGAGGACAGCUGUAUCAGUGCAUCAAAGUGUAAAGAAUGCCCCCGUGCACCAAAAUGGCCUAAUUUGCAUAUCAAUAAAACUGUUUUACAAAUAAACAGCAUAUUGGCGGGCCUAAUAAACAGCAGUAUAAUCCUCAGUGUAAACUUCCCUAUCAGCAGGUUAGGAUGCCCAAACCUGCGGAUAGAUUCCCAUUAAAGAGGAUCUGUCAGUUCUACUGAAAUGUUUAAAGGGGUACUCCGUUACCUUUCUGUCGGAGCUCCGCUUUCCAGCGUCCGGAAGUUCUUGCCCCCUUCCCAUAGACUUUCGUUGAGGGGGCGGGCGUGACGUCAUGAGGAGCGGCCCUGAACACGGAAGCCCGCACACACAUCGUCCGGAACAAGAACUUCCGGACGCUGGAAAGCGGAGCUCCGACAGCAAGGUAACUGAGUACCCCUUUAAAGGAAAACUGUCAAACUCCCCCCGCACCAACCAGAGGUACUGGCUGGUAGUGUGGGGGGGACGCUGAUCAAUAUGCUGCCUAUCAUGCCCAGAUCAGUCCCGCCGUUUAUAUUAUAUAUUGUUUUUUGUGGAUAUGCAAAUGAGCUGCUAACUGGCACAGGUGGGGUUACAAGGCACCUUCAGGCACUUUGAUGUCAGCGCCGCUCGUCCGCCCGGCUUAAGAAUAUUUAUCCCCUCCCUCCUCAGUGGAGUCCAGUACAGAGCGGGGAGGGGACGAAUAUUCAUAAGCCGGGCGGUGCGGCAGACAAGUGGCACUGAGUGUCAGAAGGUGUCUUGUAACCCCGCCCGUGCCAGUUAGCAGCUCUUUUGCAUAUCCACAAAAAAGAGGAUAACGGGCGAACAGGGGGAUGGAUCCGGGCAUGGUAGGCAGCAAAUUGAUCAACGUCCCCCGCACUACCAGACAGUACCUCUGGUUAGUGUGGGGGGGAGUUUACUGACAGUUUUCCUUUUGAGCAAAUACUUACCCUAUGAAGUAACAGUUCUUGGGCAUUCCUAGAACACUGCAUUGUCAUUUCCUCUUGUUAUUCUUCACAGAAAUGUAUAAAUAAACUGACAACCGAAUGUUACCAUUACCCUUGUCAGUCAGGUGUUUCCCUAUACCCGAACACUGUCCAAUCAAUGCCAACUCAGUCUGAAAACAAGGAGAAUAGUGACACCCAGUUGUCAGGUUUUUUAUUUUUUCAGACAUUUCCAGGAAGCGUAACAGAGGAAGUGCACUGCACAAGAAAAGAUCAAUAGUUAAUUCAUUAGGAAUAUAAGUAUUUAGUAAAACGGGCAGUUCUGGAGAGGUGCCCUAUCCAUGAUGCUGCAUUGAGAUUUUCUUUCUCUGACCAUGUCAGCUCAGCUUAUAGAUGAUUUAUCUAUUUGUUACAUAUUUGGACAAAUCAGAAUAAUCCUUUUUAUUUUAAUGUACAAUUUGUUUUUAUUUUGUAUUGUGCAAGGAACCAUUGCUUUGGAUCGAUCUUGCAUCUCUUAUAUUAUACCACUAGCCUUUUAUUUUUAUUUUUUUAACAUGGAAAAUUGAUGCAUUCUCGUAAUGGUAGUAUUUCAGAAACAAGCGUAGUAUUCUAUCCAGCAUGAGACUAAUCCUUCCUCUAGGACAGUGUUUCCCAACCAGGGUGCCUCCAGCUGUGGCCAAACUACAAC